GUUCAGUGUAGCCCGCGCGCUCCUGGUGAGUGGGCUUGUAUGUGAGUGUGCGGACGAGGAGCAACUGUUACUACCUAUUGUUCACCAACUCCAACUAGAGUGCUUUAAGUGCUAGAAGCGUAGAGUUGACUUAGGUUGAAUGGAUAACAAACGAAAAUUGGAACACCGCGACGUGGCUUCCGUCAAGUUGGAGUGUGAAGUAUGUUACGAAGAAUACGACUCGGACAACCAUAAACCGCUGUGCGUGGCUUGCGGUCACACGUUUUGCUUCUCAUGCAUUUCAGACUUACCAUAUUUGUCAAGCUGCCCUAAAUGCAAGAAGAAAAUAAAGCAAUCUCUCGGCGACAUGUUAGUUAAUUACGCUUUGAUCCCCUCUGAGGAUAAACCUAAACGGGCCCCGAGCUCCCAGCCUGGGGCGCCGUGCCCCCUGCACCAAAAGGCACAGGAUUACGUCUGCGUUGAUUGCAUGGAACUCGUGUGCUUCAGGUGCUUCAAAUUGGUACACGCUAAACACUCAAUCGAGUUGGUUGACGACCUGCUUCGGGGAGAUGAAGCUGAAGACGCCCGAGCCGCGGUACGGACUAAGAUUUGCCAGAAACUGGGGCCAGUUAACGACUUAUUGACAUGGGUCGAUCGAAUCAUGAACCUAAAUACUGAUAUAGGGAGAUUGAAGGAUUCACUGCAGGCCCAGAAGAGGACUAUAGAACAAGACCUCGAGUCCUGGGACGAGUUGUCAGUCACCAAUAUGGAUGAAAACAAGAGACGCAAGUUCCUGGAAAUUCUCAGCCAUCAAAAAUUGACGCCAGGAGAAAUUACCAAGCUACCCGUAUUCAAAGCGGAGUUGGAUGCUGCCAGCAAAAAUUGCGAGGCGAUAAUGGCCAGACACAUCAACCAAGGUCGUGCCAGACUGCAGCCGUUUUUUCGUGGAUUAUUCGAGCCAAAUUAACUUCGAGUCAGCUAUCAGAAAGUUGACUAUGAGAGGGCCCUCAACACGCCCUGCGUCAGGAUAUUCAUUCAAAUAAACAAGGUCUCCUAUGUCUCCAUAAUAAAAAUGUCUUUGGUAAAAAUCUUUGUUAUGAUAGAAGAUUUUAUUAUGAUCCUCCAUAGUCCUGCUUUUGAAAGAUAGUCCUACGUUUUUCUUAGUGUGCAAUCCAUUAUUCACAUUAAAUAAUUGUAAUUUCGAAUUUUUGAAAAAGAAAAUAUAUGAAAAAAUUUAGCAUUAUCUGAUGAAAGAGAAGAAUUAGCAUGAGCAGAUUUAAGAGAAUAUAUAGCAUGAUAUGAUGUACCUUCCGUGACGUCAUCGUAGUAAGUCUAUAUAAGCUCUUCAAGCUUACCACGGGGCAGUCGCAGACCAACAUGUCACUUGAGAGUGACGAAAUCUAAUGAAUAAACUGUAGAAAUUUGUGAUACCUGUUGAAGUUAAAUGGUUAGGAAUGUUUUGAUAUCGGCAUGAAUGACUGAUUAUAUUGCUGCUUCAGAUAAAUGUGGAGAGGGACUAGGAUUUUGAUUGCACGUUUGAUAGUAGUUUUGGUUUCAGCUACGGCAGUCUAUGUGAAGAUACUAGUAAUUUUCACCCGUAAAAUUAAAUUUGGGAUCCCUGUUUUAUUAUCUACCUUUAGAUGCAAUUUAUUUUCUCAAAAUUAAAUAAAAAUAAGCGAUGUCGACAACCAUGCGUUUAAGACAUUCCUCUCUAAAUCCUGUACGGUUGGAUCAUGUACAGCGCAUGGUUAAGUGUGUCAGUCUAUUCAUAAGAAAAACUAUAGAAAGAUGAAACUUUAUGUUACCAAUGCGUUGUAGUUUUAGCAUUCUUUUGUGACUGGAAUCAUGUGUUAGUGAGUAGGAAUGUGGGCUGGAGUUUAUCAUGAACUUUUGGCAUUUCAUGUCUUUGUUUGUUGACGCUAAGCUCCCGUUCUCCUCUGAAAACUUCCUCUUCAGAGCAUCAUUCUGAUCCAUGAACAUGAAUGCAAAUUGAAUGUUUUUUUUACUUUAAUAAAAUGGAAUUGAGA